AUGGCAGCCGCUGCUGCGUCCGCUGCUGCGCUCGACCCGAGUGAAAGCACAAAAAACACCCUGAAGCUCGAAAAUACCGAGAAGCGUGACUCGCUCAUCGCAAUUGAGAAGAAAUACCAGGCACAAUGGAAGGAGAACAAGGUCUUCGAGGUCGAUGCCCCGUCGUUCGCGGAGGUUCCUCAGGGCAGCAUGUCCGCCGCUGAGCUGCGUGAGAAGCACCCCAAGUUCUUCGGCACCAUGGCCUACCCCUACAUGAACGGUACCCUGCACGCUGGACACAGUUUCACUGCCAGUAAGGUCGAGUUCAUGACCGGAUUCGCCCGCAUGGAGGGCAAGCGUGCUCUAUUCCCGCUCGGUUUCCACUGCACCGGCAUGCCCAUUAAGGCCUGUGCCGAUAAGUUGCGCGAUGAGGUGAAGCUGUUUGGACAAAACUUUGAAGGUUACAAGGAGGACGGGGAGGCCAGCGUCCCUGCUGCGCCCACUCAGGAGACUAAGCCUGAGGCGAAGGCCCAGGCCGAGAAGUUCUCGGGCAAGAAGAGCAAGGCCGCCGCCAAGUCUGUGAAGAUGAAGUACCAGUUCCAGAUCAUGCUGGCUAUUGGUGUCCCUCUGGAGGAUAUUCACCAGUUCGCCGAUGCCAACCACUGGCUGCACCACUUCCCCCCCUCGCCACAGUUUGUCACCACUGACGCUAACCCUUACUACGAUGCUUUCGUCCGCUGGCAAAUGAACCGCCUCCACGAGCUGGGCAAGAUCAUGUACGGCAACCGUUACACGAUCUAUUCGCCCAAGGACGGCCAGCCUUGCAUGGACCACGACCGCACUGAGGGUGAGGGCGUUGGGCCCCAGGAAUACACUGCCAUUAAGCUCCAGGUCAAGGAGUGGGCUCCCGAGAUUGCUCAGAUUGUCAAGGGCAAGAUUGAGGAUGAUGCGAAGGUCUAUUUCGUUCCCGCAACCCUCCGUCCUGAGACCAUGUACGGCCAGACCAACUGCUUUGUUGGCCCUAAGAUCAACUACGGCCUGUUCAAGCUGAAGGAGAAGGAAUAUGUUAUUGUCACCAAGCGCGCUGCCUGGAACAUGGCGUUCCAGGGACACUUCUUUGAGAGCGGGUCCUUCCCUAAGACCCAGGAUGAGCUGCCUCUGGUCCUCGAGGCCCCUGGCUCUGCCUAUGUUGGUACUCUUGUCAAUGCUCCUCUGUCUCUGCACAAGGAGGGUGUGUACAUUUUGCCCAUGGACAGCGUUUCAGCUUCCAAAGGUACUGGUGUUGUGACUUCCGUGCCUUCGGACAGCCCCGAUGACUACGCCACUCUGAUGGACCUGAUCAAGAAGGCCGACUACUACGGCAUCAAGAAGGAGUGGGCUGAGAAGGAAAUCUUCCCUCUGAUCGACACCCCUACCUAUGGCAACCUCACUGCCCCCACUCUGAUCAAGCAGCUGAAGAUCAACUCACCGAAGGACGUCAACCAGCUCGCUGAGGCUAAGGAUCUUGCGUACACCGAGGGCUUCUACAAGGGUACCAUGAUCGUGGGUGAAUUCAAGGGUGAGCCCGUUAGCGUCGUCAAGGACAAGAUCCGCCAGUCUCUCUACGAGAGCAACGAUGCCUUCCCCUUCGCCGACCCCAUGGGCAAGGUUGUUUCUCGCUCCGGUGAUGACUGCGUUGUUGCCUACCUCGGUCAGUGGUUCCUGAACUACGGCGAGAACGAUGCCGAGUGGCAGCAGGAGACCCUGAACUACGUCGUCAACAAUCUCAACACCUAUGCCGCCGAGACCAAGCACGGCUUCGAGAAAAACAUGUCCUGGCUGAACCGGUGGGCCUGCGCUCGUACCUACGGUCUGGGCUCGAAGCUGCCAUGGGACCCCCAGUUCCUGGUUGAGUCCCUGAGUGACAGCACUGUCUAUAUGGCCUACUACACCAUCGCCCACCUCCUGCACGGUGACCGCUACGGCAAGACCACCGGUUCUCUGAACAUCACUGCUGACCAGAUGACCGACGAGGUCUGGGACUACAUCUUCACCCGCCGUGAGAUCAGCGAUGAGCUGGUCUCCAAGAGCGGCAUCAACAAGGACGCUCUCCUCCAGCUGCGCCGUGAGUUCGAGUACUGGUACCCUCUGGAUGUCCGUGUCUCCGGCAAGGACCUGAUUCAGAACCACCUUACAUUCUUCCUGUACAUCCACGUCGCGCUCUUCCCGCCAGAGUACUGGCCCCGUGGCGUCCGUGCUAACGGUCACCUGCUGCUGAACGGCGAGAAGAUGAGUAAGAGUACCGGUAACUUCCUGACCCUGAAGGAUGCCGUAGACAAGUUCGGAGCCGAUGCCACCCGUAUCGCUUUCGCCGAUGCCGGUGACAGCAUUGAGGACGCCAACUUCGAGGAGACUGUUGCCAACAGCAACAUUCUGCGUCUGUUCACCCUGAAGGAGUGGAUCGAGGAGGUUGUUAAGGACUCCUCCCUGCGCACUGGCGCCGCCGAUGCCUUCUCUGACAAGCUGUUCGACAACGAGCUGAACAGCCUCGUUCGUGAGACUCAGAAGCACUACCAGGACACCAACUUCAAGCUUGCCCUGAAGUCUGGUCUGUAUGACUUCACCGCUGCUCGUGAUACCUACCGUGAGGCCGCCUCUGCUGCUGGCGUCGGGAUGCACCGGGACAUUAUCCUGCGCUACAUCGAGCUGCAAGCUCUGAUGCUUGCACCGAUCACUCCUCACUGGGCCGAAUACGUGUGGCUCGAGGUGCUCAAGAAGGUCAGUCCCCUCCCCCCAAUCCAGAGUUCAGAUUGUACCGAGAGCCUCAGUCUAACCAGUUACCAGUCCGAGUCCAUCCACUUCGCGAAGUUCCCCACCGUCCCUGAGCCCAACUCGGAGCUCACUGCUGCCCAGAACUAUGUUCGCAACACCGCCUCCAACAUCCUGUCCUCCGAGGCCCAGUUCACCAAGCGCCUGUCCAAGGGCAAGGCCUCGACCUUCGACCCGCGCAAGCCGAAGAAGCUGACUAUCUUCGCCGCCAAGAAGUUCCCCGCCUGGCAGGAGAAGUACAUCGAUCUGGUGCGCGAUGCCUUCGACUCUCUGACCGUCACCAUCGAUGACAAGGAUCUGAACGCCAAGGUCGGCAAGCUCGGUGAGAUGAAGAAGGCCAUGCCCUUCGUCCAGACUCUGAAGCGCCGCCUGAUCAACAACCGCGAGGUACCCGAGCUCGUCUUCGAGCGCAAGCUGCCUUUCGACGAGUUCGCCAUUCUCUCCGAGAUGGUUGGCGGCCUCAAGCGCACUUCUGGUUAUAAGGAGAUUGAGGUGAUUGCUGUCAAUGAGGGUGGCAAGACUGGCGAGGUUGUCGGCACUGGUGAGACUCGGGAGGGUCUGAGUGCUGAGAACUCUGUGCCUGGCCAGCCUAGUUUCAUGUUUACCAACGUUGACUAA